UCCUCCUUCUCAAACACAUCGACUAUCAUGGCGCUGGUGAGGAACGUCUAUAACCUGCUGUUUAGAAGAACAUCGACUUUCGCCAUCACCAUCAUGGUGGGAGCUGUUUUAUUCGAGCGAGUGUUCGACCAGGGUGGAGAUGCGUUAUUCGACAGUUUAAACCGGGGGAAACUGUGGAAACAUAUUAAACACAACUAUGAGAAGGAAGAGUGAGCAGAGCGUCACCUAACUUCGUCUCUUGAUGAACACCCAGCCACCAUCACCACCGUCUCCUGGUUCCUGGGGAAAAGAACUCCACUUUGGCAGCAUUUCUAAUGUCAUCCUUUGUGGCUUUAGGGUUCGGAGAGACUGUGUUGUGAUCAUCUUGGAAUACUGAGAACCAUCAACGUGCCCAUGAAUAUUCUAUUAUAUAUCUUGUAAGCCUCACAUUUUGUAAAUGUACGCUUAAAUUAAGUCCAUGGUAAUAAAUCUGACACAAAAAGCUA